AUCCGGAACUCAACCAGCAACAACCAACGAUAGUAAUUAUACAAAAUCACCGUAUUACGUUGAAAUAGCAAUGUAUCUAUAUCUGGUAUUACCACAUGAAUAUUCUCAAAUAACUUACAAUGAACCCAAUAAUAUGUAUCCACCUCAAUGGAUGACAAAGAAACAAAUGGACCAUCAGAUUACCAACAAUCGUAUUCAAGAACAAUUUCCUAAUCAGGAAAUUUUUGAAGAAUACAAAAUGCCAUAUGAUAGUGAUAAACAAAACAAUUCGGCCGAAAAACCGAAUUACCU